UCACGCCGCGUUCUGGGCCCAAUGUGUUAGAGCAAGCCGGUGAUUGCAAGAGCAAAACCAAACGAGCGAGGUGACGUUAGUGUGCUCACACAGCAUUGCUGCUUCAUGCUAUCAUUUUAGCAACUGAAAGACAUUUGACAUCUAGGAUCAAUACGGAAAAGUUUUAAUAAGCAUUUCACAAGUGUUGCUGUUCAGGUGUCAGGGUGUGUUUGAUAGUUUACGUUAUCUGGAACCACUAUAAACUUCAUCUGACAUAAGGUCACAAUGAGGGAAAAGCUGUCAUUAUGGGCUGUUUGUUGCCUGUUGGCAGCAUGCCUGCCUUCUCAAACAGAAUCAGUAGCCGUGAUGUCUGUGGAUUUAGGCAGUGAAUGGAUGAAACUGGCUAUUGUUAAACCCGGUGUACCAAUGGAGAUUAUACUAAACAAGGAGUCCAGGCGGAAAACCCCAGUAGCUGUGUGCUUAAAGGAAAACGAGAGGCUAUUUGGUGAUGGUGCUUUAGGAGUGGCUGUCAAGAACCCCAAAGUGGUUUACAGAUUUCUCCAGAACCUUUUGGGAAAGACUGCGGACAACCCGAUGGUGGCACAGUAUCAGAAACAUUUCCCUGAGCACCAGCUGAUGAGAGAUGAGAAAAGAGGAACCGUGUAUUUCAAAUACUCUGAAGACAUACAGUACACUCCAGUGGAACUUUUGGGCAUGAUGUUGAACUACUCCCGUGGUUUGGCUCAAGACUUUGCAGAGCAGACCGUCAAGGAUGCUGUUAUCACAGUGCCAGCGUAUUUCAAUCAGGCAGAACGCAGGGCAGUCCUGCAAGCUGCCCACAUGGCGGGUCUGAAGGUCCUUCAGCUUAUCAAUGAUAAUUCUGCUGUGGCUUUAAACUAUGGAGUCUUUAGGCGGAAGGACAUCAACUCUACUGCACAGAACGUCAUGUUUUAUGAUAUGGGAUCAGGCAGCACUACAGCCACCAUCGUCACGUAUCAAACCGUGAAGACCAAGGAGUCUGGCACCCAGCCACAGCUUCAGAUCCGUGGAGUUGGGUUUGAUCGAACGCUGGGAGGCUUUGAGAUGGAGAUGAGACUCCGAGAUCAUCUUGCCAAACUCUUUAACGAACAGAAGAAGUCAAAGAAGGAUGUGAGAGAGAAUCACCGAGCUAUGGCCAAACUGCUCAAAGAGGCUCAGAGACUGAAGACUGUGCUGAGUGCCAACGCUGAACAUACGGCACAGAUUGAAGGUCUGAUGGAUGACAUAGACUUCAAAGCAAAAGUGACUCGAUCGGACUUUGAGGCACUCUGUGAGGAUCUGUUUGAUAGAGUUCCAGGACCUGUGAAGGAAGCAUUUGCUGCUGCCGAGAUGACCCUGGAUGAAAUUGAACUGGUGAUUUUGGUUGGAGGAUCCACCAGAGUUCCCAAAGUGCAAGACGUUCUACUUAAAGCGGUGGGAAAAGAGGAUCUAAGCAAGAACAUCAAUGCUGACGAAGCUGCGGCAAUGGGUGCCGUCUAUCAGGCAGCUGCGCUUAGCAAAGCCUUCAAAGUUAAACCUUUCCUGGUCAGAGAGGCAGCAGUGUUUCCAAUUCAGGUGGAGUUCAACCGCGAGGCCGAGGAAGAAGAUGGCGUGAAGACCAUGAAGCACAACAAGCGUAUUUUGUUUCAGAGAAUGGCCCCGUAUCCCCAGAGGAAAGUCAUCACUUUUAACCGAUACACGGACGACUUUGUCUUCUACGUCAACUACGGAGACCUUAGCUUCCUCAGCGAAGAGGACAUGAAAGUGUUUGGCUCUCAGAAUCUAACAACGGUGAAACUGUCUGGAGUGGGCAGCAGCUUUGAGAAGCAUUCAGAUGCUGAAUCAAAAGGCAUAAAGGCUCAUUUUAACAUGGAUGAGAGUGGGGUGUUACUUCUGGAUCGGGUGGAAUCUGUGUUUGAGACUAUCGUUGAAGAAAAGGAAGAGGAGUCAACCCUCACAAAGCUUGGAAACACCAUUUCCAGUCUGUUUGGUGGCGGCAGUGCAGACACAAAUCAAAAUAUUACAGAACCAGCUACGGAUGAGGAGGAAGUGACUGGGAAAGAUCAGGAACAGUCGGAGAAACAAGAAGAGUCUGAACCGGAGAAAUCUGAGGCAGAGGAGGGGAAAGAUGGAGAGCCUCAGGCAGAUGAACAGAAAGAGAAUAACACCGAGACUCAGGGAGAGAAGGAAGGCGAAAAGGCUGAAGACAAAUCUGAUGGUGAGAAACCAGAAGAAAAGGAAGCCGAUCAAAAAGCGAAACCACAGAAAAAGAGCAAAGUAUCUGAAGACAUCACAGUGGAGCUUGAGGUGAAGGACAUUCUUGAUCCAAGCCCUGAAGAUAUGGAAGUGUCCAAAAAGAAGCUGCAAGACCUCACCGACCGUGAUCUGGAGAAACACGAGAGAGAAAAGACCCUGAACAGCCUAGAGGCUUUCAUCUUUGAGACGCAGGAUAAGUUGUAUCAAGAUGAGUACCAGGCUGUAGUGACUGAAGAAGACAGAGAGCAGAUCUCAGGCAAGCUGAGCGAGACAUCUAACUGGAUGGAUGAGGAGGGAUACGCGGCUGGCACUAAAGAGCUGAAGGAAAAACUGUCGGAGCUGAAGAAGCUUUGCAAAUCCAUGUUCUUCAGAGUUGAGGAGAGAAAGAAAUGGCCAGACAGACUGGCAGCGUUGGACAGCAUGCUCAACCACUCCACUUUCUUCCUCAAGAGUGUUAAAGGGAUUCCUGAAGAUGACCAGAUUUUCACCGAUGUGGAGCUGAAGACAUUAGAAAGGGUCAUCAAUGAGACAACAACAUGGAAAAACGAGACCGUCACUGCACAGGAGAAACUGUCCCCAACAGAGAAACCUGUUCUGCUGUCCAAAGACAUUGAAGCUAAACUCUCCCUGCUGGACCGAGAGGUCAACUAUCUGCUAAACAAAGCAAAGUUCGCCAAACCCAAGGACAAAAAAAAGACUAAAGACCAGAACUCCACAUCUACAGAGAACGGCAAAGCCAACAGCACUGAGGAUGCUGAGAAGGUCAUUCCUUCCAACAGCGAUGGAGCGGAAGAAGUGAAGCCAGCUGAGGAACCUCCAACAGCUGAAGAAAAAGAGAAGGAACCCAUACUUGAACUAGAUCCAGCAGAAACUACGGAAGAUACAGAACCAACAGAGAGCAGUAAAUCAGAAAACCAUAUAGAGGAUGAACUAUAACAACCGGAACUCUUAAAGGUUGUUUUUGUUGUAUUUAUUGACUCCGUUCAAAGUGGUUAACAUUUUUUGCCCCCUUCAAAAAAACAUCAAAUUGAAACAGCUUUCAAAAGACUGUGUGAAUAUGUAUAUCUCAUAAUACCUCAUCCCAUCUCUUUCUUUGCUUCUGUUCAGUGACUAUAAGCCAAAAAACAUCAACCAUGACUCAAAGUUGAGGUGAACAUGAGAAACAAACAGGAUUGUUUCUUAAAGAUGAAUUAAUGAUCUUCUCCCUCUGAAAAAUGUCCCGUCUUUUGUCCAUCACUAUUUGAACAAGUAAAUCCAAAAUGGCAUGCUUGACCAAAGGAAACACAUCCUUUUUAAAUGUAAAUGGAAUUUUCAUUGUUUAUGAAAGUCAUUUAUAAUGAUCAGCUGGAAAUGAAUGUUUAGUGCAAGCUUCAUGUUGUCCCUCUGUGAGCAGAAACCUGUUUUGUUUUGCCUUCAUGUUGGAAAAAUGUUAGUCAAAGGAAGUGUGAAAAUCCUUCAGAAUUACAUCUAAACUAUGCACAUUUUGAGAAUGACAUCUCAAAAUGUGCUUUACAUCUCAUCAGAUAAAAUGUUGAAAGUUUAUACCAGCCCGUUCACCUUUGUUCCAUCCACCUUUGUUGAGCCCAUUUCCCAAAAACAAACCUGUUCGAACCUGUGAGCUUCUUGCCACCAUCUACUCUAAACAUCUGUAUUUCUAGACUUUCAGUAUCAUCUUUCUGCUGCACUGUCAUCUGAAGAUUGUACACUUUUAUUCACAACCUUGACUGAAGAAGAAAAUGAGAAACAAAGAUGUACGUUUGGUCACCCCCUCUACCGGUUCUGUUGUUUACUUUUUCAUUACUGUCCUUCAGGUGUGUGUGGAGUGAUGUGUGUAAUAUGGAGUGAUGUGUGUAAUGUGUGGAAAAGGGAGAAGAUUGUUUCUAAACUGUUAAUAAAAAGUCUUUUUUAAAACUUA